AUGGUGAUUGCCCAGCGCAGCCUCCGCGUCGUCCUCGCGUGCGCGCUCGCGCUUCUCGCGCUCGCCUGCACCGCGCGCGCGCACGCACCGGUGCUGCCGAACCUCCCGAACCUCCCUCCGAACCUGCACGCCGCGCUGUCGACCGUGGACGUGUCGAAAUGUCCCGAGCACAAGAGCGGACAUCGUCGCGCCAACACCGCCGGGAACGCGCACCUGAAGCGCGGCGCGCACGACACCGCGCUCGCGUGCUACGUCGCCGCGCUGUCGUCCAAGAUGAAUUUCCCGCCCGCGCUGUACGGAGUGGGAGAGACGUUCGCGAGGCGCGCGCCGGGCGGAUUUGAGCUCGCGCGAGAGAGUUUCGAGCUCGCGCUUCGACACUGGCCAGAAUACGCGGACGCGGCGAUCGCGCUUGGUGAUCUGUGGAGCGCGGUUCGGGGAGAUCGAGCGCGAGCGGAGACGUAUUACGCGCGCGCGACAAAGGCGAAACCGGGAGAUGCGCUGUCGUGGGAAGCGUUGGCGUCGAAUCAAUACGAGGAUGGACGAUUGGACGACGCGUUGGCGUCGUACAACGAGGCGUUGAAUGCGGUUCGACAAGCGCCUGGAUUGUAUUUUAGUCGAGGAAAGGUGCAUCGCGCGAAGAAGGAUUACGGCGCGUGCGUCGAGGACGCGCAACAGGCGCUGAAGCUAGCGGAGAACUUUGGACAGGCGUAUCAUUUAUUGGCAACGUGCGAGGAAAAGUUGCUCGGCGCCGCGGCACUUGAAGUGGAUGCGCACUACCGCGCGGCGAUCGAACACGAACCCGAAUUCGCGGACCACUUUUUGGACUUUGUGCAUUUCAUUUAUCGCAACGACGAAUCGCGCCUGAAGGAGGCGCGAGAAAUCUUGAGCAAAGCGCACGCGUCGAUGGAGGACAACGGCGAACGCGCCAAGCUCGAGCGAGGCACGCGAGAGUUUGAAGAAUUUGCGUCGCGCAGGGCGCACGAUAACAGCGAGCUUUAA